GAGCUCUUUGAGUGAGUGAGGCCCGUGUGGUCAAGGCGCGUGUGAGUAGCUCAGGGAUCAGUGAGUAGCUGAGAGAUCCGUGAAUAGCUUCAUGUCUCUCACCAGAAUGUCGGACGACAAUACCAGAAGAUACGAAAAAAUAGAAUUUCUGGGAGAAGGACAAUUUGCCACAGUAUACAAAGCACGUGACACAAAGACAGAUGCCAUAGUUGCAGUCAAGAAGAUUAAAGUUGGCACAAGAGUUGAGGCUGCAGAUGGCAUUAACAGAACAGCUUUACGAGAAAUUAAGUUGCUACAGGAGUUGUCUCACCCGAAUAUCAUUGGGCUUCUUGAUGCUUUUGGCCACAAAUCUAACGUCAGUCUUGUCUUUGAUUUUAUGGAAACAGACUUGGAGAUCAUCAUCAGAGACACAACCUUGGUCCUGACAGCACCACACAUCAAGUCAUAUAUGCUGCAGACCUUGCUUGGCCUGGAGUAUCUCCAUGCACACUGGGUGUUGCACAGGGACUUGAAGCCCAAUAAUCUUCUCAUCAAUGACAGUGGUGUGCUUAAGAUUGCUGACUUUGGCCUUGCCAAAUUUUUUGGUUCUCCCAGCAGGAUCAACUCACAUCAAGUGGUCACAAGGUGGUAUCGGUGCCCAGAACUCUUGUUUGGAGCUCGUCAGUACAAUACAGGUGUAGACAUGUGGGCUGCGGGCUGCAUUCUGGCAGAGUUGUUGAUACGAGCACCAUUCUUACAGGGAGACUCUGAUCUGGACCAGCUGAGUCGAAUAUUUCAAGUUCUUGGCACGCCAUCAGAUACAGACUGGCCAGAUAUGAAAAAUCUUCCCGACUACAUCCAGUUUCGACAAUAUCCACGGCAACCAUUGAAGGAGAUCUUCAUUGCAGCAGGCAAUGACUUGCUUGACAUGCUGUCAGUCAUGUUGGCCAUGGAUCCGCUCAAGCGAUGCACCGCCACACAGGCACUCAAGAUGCCAUACUUCAGUAACAAACCACCUCCUGCACUGGGGCAUCAACUUCCUCGGCCAGGCUCGAAUAAAAUUGUCAACAAGGAAUCGGAGGCACAUCGACCAGGUAUAAAGCGGAAAAUGAACCCUGAGCAAGAUCGCAUUCUGGCUAAGCGGCUUCUGUUUUGACGAUUCAGGCAGUUAGUGACUGAUGGUCUCUCAUAAAUCUCAGGGACAGAACUGUGUGCCAUCACGGGUGUCAGCACGUGGAGACAUGCAUGUUCUUGUCUGCAUCUACACGAUUCUUCCUAGAGACAAGUGUAAUGCAUGCGAUUGAAGUCAACCACAUUCUUUCUUUGGGAAGCUGACGUCUGGCAGGAUUCGUGAGUCUGUGUGAAGAGCGAAAUGUAUGUUGUAAACUUAAUAAGAAUAAUUGUAUUUUGGUUCUGAUCUCUGCUGUGGAGGCACUCAGAAUGAAUGUAUGCAUGUAUGUGUUCAUGUGUGUUCAGAAGGAUUGUGUUUGUGUGCUUAGAAAGACUUAAAAUGUCAUAGACCUUGAAACACUCUGUGAUAUGUUGUGGAGGUGUAGCUGUGAGAGUAAUUUGUUGUUAGUGAUGAUAACAAGUCGUUGAUUGCUUGCUCCUAUUAUAGCAGAGGACAAGUAUAUAAACUGUCUUUGCAGACAGGCUCAGUUUCUGUUGUAAGGAAACAGACAUUUACGGUUGCAUGCGUUUUGACAAAUUUCAUCUGCCUUUGUGGCUUUAGUUCAUGUUGAACAAUGUGUAAGCAAACUACCCAAUUGAAAUAAAAUUGAAACAUUCAUA